UAACUCUUAGUAUCAGUCAACACCCCUUGGGAAUUACAAUGCCUCCGUCACCCUCCUCCACCAGUCUCCAGGUCGAAUCCGUCGUCUUUCCACCGUCCGUCAACCCUCCCGCUACAACCACCACUUUGUUCCUAGCAGGCGCAGGUGUGAGAGGCAUGGAAAUCCAAGGCAAGUUCGUCAAGCUUUCGGGAAUUGGCAUCUACUUAGAGGAUAAAGCCAUUUCGUCACUGGCUGAUAAGUGGAAGGGCAAAACCGCUGCUGAGUUGGCAGAUUCCGUCGAGUUCUACAGCGACAUCAUUACUGGCCCCUUUGAAAAACUUGCUGAGGUGGCAAUGUUAGUACCAGUAGUUGGUACACAACACGCUGAAAAGGUGUCUGAAAUGUGCGUUGCAAUUUGGAAAGCACAAGGGACCUAUAUAGAUGCGGAUUCUGCAACCAUUGACAAGUUUCUUGAGGUUUUCAAGGACAAAAACUUCUCGCUAGGCUCCUCUAUUCUCUACACAACAUCGCCGGCUGGAUUAGUAACGAUCCACUUCUCGAAAGACGGUACUGUACCUGAAACUCCAGCUGUUGUGUUAGAGAAUGAAAAAUUUGGACAAGCUUUAUUCGAGUCGGUGAUCGGGGAGAAUGGUAUUUCCCCGGAAGCGAAACAAAGUUUGGCAUCAAGACUGUACGAUUUGAUGAAACAGUUUGACGAGAAAGCAACUGCAAGGGUUGAAAGCAACAGUGGCCUGUAAACUAGUAAACAUAAAUUUCAAGAGGAUAAAUGUAGAAUCGUCUAAGUAUAUGAUCUUAGAUCUCUACUCAAAUAAAUAUACAUCAAAGCUUUCAAUCCUUCUGAAUACGAUGGGUUUAAUUGUCAAACCAUAUAAUUAAAAUAAUUAAGUUUGAUUUUGAC